AAAACACAAUACAACCUCAAGAAAACACAAUACAACCUCAAGAAAACACAAGACAGCAUCAAGAAAACAAAACACAGCUUUUAGAAAACUCAACACAGCCUACAGAAAACUCAACACAGCCUACAGAAAACUCAACACAGCCUACAGAAAACUCAACACAGCCUACAGAAAACUCAACACAGCCUACAGAAAACUCAACACAGCCUACAGAAAACUCAACACAGCCUACAGAAAAACUCAACACAGCUACAGAAAACUCAACACAGCCUACAGAAAACUCAACACAGCCUACAGAAAACUCAACACAGCCUACAGAAAACUCAACACAGCCUACAGAAAACUCAACACAGCCUACAGAAAACUCAACACAGCCUACAGAAAACUCAACACAGCCUACAGAAAACUCAACACAGCCUACAGAAAACUCAACACGCCUACAGAAAACUCAACACAGCCUACAGAAAACUCAAACACAGCUACAGAAAAACUCAACACAGCCUACAGAAAACUCAACACAGCCUACAGAAAACUCAACACAGCCUACAGAAAACUCAACACAGCCUACAGAAAACUCAACACAGCCACACAGCCUACAGAAAACUCAACACAGCCUACAGAAACUCAACACAGCCUACAGAAAACUCAACACAGCCUACAGAAAACUCAACACAGCCUACAGAAAACUCACACAGCCUACAGAAAACUCAACACAGCCUACAGAAAACUCAACACAGCCUACAGAAAACUCAACACAGCCUACAGAAAACUCAACACAGCCUACAGAAAACUCAACACAGCCUACAGAAAACUCAACACAGCCUACAGAAAACUCAACACAGCCUACAGAAAACUCAACACAGCCUACAGAAAACUCAACACAGCCUACAGAAAACUCAACACAGCCUACAGAAAACUCAACACAGCCUACAGAAAACUCAACACAGCCUACAGAAAACUCAACACAGCCUACAGAAAAAUCAACACAGCCUACAGAAAAACUCAACACAGCCUACAGAAAACUCAACACAGCCUACAGAAAAACUCAACACAGCCUACAGAAAACUCAACACAGCCUACAGAAAACUCACACAGCCUACAGAAACUCAAACACAGCCUACAGAAAACUCAACACAGCCUACAGAAAACUCAACACAAGCCUACAGAAAACUCAACACAGCCUACAGAAACACUCAACACACCUACAGAAAACUCAACACAGCCUAAGAGAAACUCAACACAGCCUACAGAAAACUCACACAGCCUACAGAAAACUCAACACAGCCUACAGAAAACUCAACACAGCCUACAGAAAACUCAACACAGCCUACAGAAAACUCAACACAGCCUACAGAAAACUCAACACAGCCUACAGAAAACUCAACACAGCCUAAAGAAAACUCAACACAGCCUACAGAAAACUCAACACAGCCUACAGAAAACUCAACACAGCCUAAAGAAAACUCAACACAGCCUACAGAAAACUCAACACAGCCUAAAGAAAACUCAACACAGCCUACAGAAAACUCAACACAGCCUACAGAAAACUCAACACAGCAUCAAGAAAACACAACAUGCAAAUAAAAAGAUCAUCAGCAAUAGCAGACGAACGUCCUCAUACUCAGUACACACAAUGGAAAUAACCAGUCAUCAACUAAAUGGAAACAAGAGAUGA